CCCCUUUCUCCGUCCCUACACACAAAAUUCUCUUUCAUUUCUCUCUGAUUCUAAGAAAAUUUCUCCCAAAUUUCAACAAAAUGCGUGAGAUUCUUCAUAUUCAAGGUGGACAAUGCGGCAACCAAAUCGGUGCCAAGUUUUGGGAGGUUGUUUGUGCUGAGCACGGCAUUGAUUCCACCGGAAGAUAUGACGGGGAUGCUGAUCUUCAGCUUGAGAGAAUCAAUGUCUAUUAUAAUGAAGCUUCUUGUGGUAGGUUUGUUCCGAGGGCGGUUCUUAUGGAUCUGGAGCCUGGUACCAUGGAUAGUAUUAGAUCUGGUCCUUAUGGACAGAUCUUCCGUCCUGAUAACUUUGUGUUUGGACAAUCUGGUGCGGGUAAUAAUUGGGCGAAAGGGCAUUAUACUGAAGGCGCUGAAUUGAUUGAUGCUGUUCUUGAUGUUGUUCGUAAGGAAGCUGAAAACUGUGAUUGCCUUCAAGGGUUUCAAGUUUGCCAUUCAUUGGGUGGAGGAACAGGAUCUGGUAUGGGUACCCUUUUGAUUUCUAAGAUCAGAGAGGAGUACCCAGACAGAAUGAUGCUUACGUUUUCGGUUUUCCCUUCACCUAAGGUUUCCGAUACCGUCGUUGAACCUUACAAUGCUACUCUGUCUGUUCAUCAAUUGGUUGAAAAUGCUGAUGAAUGUAUGGUUCUUGACAAUGAGGCUUUAUAUGAUAUUUGCUUCAGAACCUUGAAGCUUACCACCCCAAGCUUUGGAGAUUUGAAUCAUUUGAUAUCAGCAACAAUGUCUGGUGUUACCUGUUGUUUGCGUUUCCCUGGUCAGUUGAACUCUGAUCUCCGUAAGCUGGCUGUGAAUCUGAUUCCAUUCCCAAGGCUCCAUUUCUUUAUGGUUGGGUUUGCACCUUUGACUUCCCGUGGUUCACAGCAAUACAGAGCUUUGACUGUCCCCGAGCUUACCCAGCAAAUGUGGGAUGCCAAGAACAUGAUGUGUGCAGCUGACCCUCGCCACGGCAGAUACUUGACUGCCUCAGCUAUGUUCAGGGGCAAAAUGAGCACGAAAGAGGUCGAUGAGCAAAUGCUCAACGUGCAGAACAAGAACUCAUCCUACUUUGUUGAGUGGAUCCCUAACAAUGUGAAAUCAACUGUUUGUGAUAUCCCACCUACCGGACUUAAGAUGGCAUCGACCUUCAUUGGUAACUCAACAUCAAUUCAGGAGAUGUUUAGGCGCGUGAGCGAACAGUUCACUGCUAUGUUCAGGAGAAAGGCUUUCUUGCAUUGGUACACUGGUGAAGGAAUGGACGAGAUGGAGUUUACCGAGGCUGAAAGCAACAUGAACGAUCUUGUGUCGGAGUAUCAGCAGUACCAAGAUGCCACUGCUGAUGAAGAGGGGGAGUACUAUGAGGAUGAAGAUGAAGCUCAAGAGGAGUAAAUUGAAAUGUAAUUUGUACUUUUGUUAUGGAUGAUGCCAAACCACAACUUCCAGUUGAUGUUCUUUUUGGCUAUGAGAUGUAAUAGUUCAAAACUUUGAAGCUUUAAUUAUCUUGUAUUAGUUCAAUUUGCUAUGGAAGACUAUUUUCAAUGUUGUGAUA